AUGAACAACACCACCAUCCCCCCCACCUCCGAUCAUCACCAUCAAUGGCUCCCAUUCUACGACCACCAAUCCGCCGCCAUUGACGGCCAGCCGCCGCCGCUUUCCCACGACACCACCAUCGACUCCAGCCCUAGUGCACCCAACAAUGCUCACCAGUUGACCCCAAAAGGCAGCGUGUCAAAGGCAGCCAGAAGAAGGUCUAGGGCUUCCAAGAGAACCCCCACCACCCUCCUCAACGCCAACGCCAACAAUUUCCGAGCCCUGGUUCAGCAGUUCACCGGCUGUCCUAGCGCGGCCAUUUCCUUUGGAAACCAGAAAGGGCCGGUCAACUUGGACUUUGGAAGAGGGAGAGAAGAAAACCAGCGGAUUAUAUCUUCAUUAAUGGCGCCCUUUACUAACAAUAAUAAUUAUGAUGAUCAUCAUCAUUUCCUUCAACAAUCUCAGUCUCAGCAGUAUCAUCAUCAGCAGCAGCAGCACCACCACCAAAGUAUGUACUCUUCUGGGAAUAUCAUGAAUAUCAAUGCAUCAAGCAACGUAGAGAUUGCUGACGGGUUUGCAUUGGACGAUAAUGUUUCUUUCCAUCAUUUGACGAUGGAUUCUUUCUCUGGUGAUCUGAAGAGUAGUAGUGAUGGGUUCUUUUAGGAAAUUUUAGUUUGUUGACUUUUAGAAUAAUCUUGAUCGAUCACCAGUCAGCUUUGUAGAUUGUUGUUCUACUUAAUUAUUAAUUAAGUACUACUUCAUAUGCUCUAUAUAGCAUGUACUACUCUCUCAUGGUUACAUGUCUCAAAGAUACCUCAUGUGAUCUUUUAUGUUUCAUUUGUUGUUGUUGUUGUUUUGUGUUUGAAUUCUUUUAUAUAUA